CAGAUUCUUCUCGUGUCUGGCCUCUUUCCUCUGUCCAAAUCCAAGCAUUCUGCCGAAGAUUAUCGAUCUUGGUUAACUCUAUUCCUUGGGUCAGUGACCACAGAUAUCUACUUCUUUACCACUCCAGAGCUUGCAGAACUUGUCGCAGAUGUCCGCGGAAGCCUUCCAAUCAUCAUAAACACCACCUUUUCAACUCCUUUUGAUAUCCCACCACUCGCGAAUCUGAAGGUGUCCUAUGAACGGAUGCAUGCAAUAGACCGCGAGCGUUCACGCCACUCUGCCGAACUAUACGCUAUUUGGAACGGGAAGCCGUAUUAUCUGGACGAAGCGGUGAAGAACUCUGAAAAGCAGUAUUCGUAUGCAUUCUGGAGUGAUGCGGGGAGCUUUAGGAGUGACCAUGUGUAUCGGGGCUGGCCGAGCAGUGCCCGUAUAGAGGAAGUCUGGGACGAGGGCAGUAGAGUGAGCGGUGUUGCAAAAGAAGACUUGUUGUUCUUUCCUAUGUGGGAGCCUCCCCAUGCAAGCAUGAAAGACUGGCAGGAAGCACUCGGUCCAGUGGAUACUGACUUCAGCUCAUUUUUCGGAGGAUCCCCUCAAACCGUUCGCUGGUGGAAGGAGCUCUUCUACCUGUAUCACGAUUAUUAUCUCUCUCAAGGCAUCUUUGUUGGCAAAGACCAGACGUUGAUCAAUGCUCUCUUCCUACUCCAUCCCUCUCGAGUUAUCACCGUAUGGGUCUCUGAUCCGGAUGCUCCUGCGCAUCAAGGUCUCGUAUCGUCCAUUGAAGGACCUUUGGGAAGCUGCGGUGAUAACUGGUAUUACUAUCAGUUCUGGCUCUCAGACGUGCACACCCGGAAUCAGAUGCGCAAACUGUGGAACUCGAAAUCGUGGUUUCAUUGGUGGAAGGAGCGUAGUACUUGCCGCCUUACUCGGACUUUGUCUAUCAAAGACGUAUUAAAUCACCGCUUCGGUGCCAACUGGACCCCUCCU